AUGAGCAUAUUUGGAGCUAUAUGUCUGGGAAGACCAAUGAUAUUGGCAGAGCAAGUUGAUCAGACCAAGUUUGUCAUUAAUGUCCCCAAUGCGUCCAACAUAUCCUACAUUACCAUCUUUAUUCUUCCCAACUCGCCAUUCGUUGAUAACAAUUUUACUGCAUUAGUCUAUUUCCAGUUACCUCAAGAAGCUGGUGCUGGCAACACUUCAACGGGGGCUGCUGAAUUUAAGUUGCUCGGUGGAAUCAAUCCCGAUAAGCCAUCAGCAAUAUACAAAAUCAGUAAUAUACACCCUACAACGAAAAGAGCAGAUGAUGGAAUGGACUUGGAAAUGGGUGGAGGAGAACCAAUUGAUUUGUCGGACUCUGUAAGUAUCAAUAUUGGAAUUUCAAUUGAACCAACUCCACAAGCCGAGCAGACUAUUCUACAAUCAAAGCUGAACAACCCCAGUAGUAAUGCCCUAGUUGCAAAUCCACGAUCUCAACAGCAACAACAACAACAAGCAGCAGCAGCAAACAGUCCUGACGGAACAGCAAACUUGGCCAACAAAAUUGUAGGGCAUGCCUAUAACUACUUGGCAAGCUUUAUUGAUCCACAGGGUAAGGUGCCCAUAAAGGCUUUUGAUAACUGGUGGGAUAAAUUUAGGGCCAAAUUACAGAAUAAUCCAAAUUUUUUGAAUGAGAUUCUGGAAUAA